AAAAAGACGAGUGAAAAAAAUAUCAUGACAAACUCACAGUUACGUUGUUUACUGAUUCUUGUAUUAUAUAUUUUGGUUUUGUAUAGUAUCUAUAUGGUGUAUUUUUUUAUUAAAAUAAAAUAUAAUCUCGAGAAGUUAGAGCGACCAGAUACACACAAUAUACUGAAAACAAAUAUGCAGGAUAAUAUCAAUCAACAGAGCCAUACAUAUUAUUUGGAGCCAAUUAUAACCGUAACUCCUUAUUAUAAAGAAACCGAAUGGAAUGAAAUUGCAAACCCACCUCUACCAUGGUAUUUCAAAGAUGGUACUAUAAAACCAACCAACGCUCGAUUGUUCUCAUCAAGAUCUAGUUCGAAACUUUCACAAGUGUGGCCUAAGGAACAGAUAGACGGCGAUGAUCGCGUGGAAGAACAAUUAAUGUUUGUGCCACCACAUUACAAUUAUAACAAUGCACCAAUCAAGUCAAUUUUAUUAUACAACAAUAUUAAUGAAUGGGUAGUUAAUAGCGGGCAAGACGAAUUCAUUUCAAAAGAUUGUCCAGUAAAUAGAUGCACGAUCACUACAGACAAAUCAAAAAGCUCGAAUGUAGAUUCAAUUUUAUUCAGAAAUGAAUUCUCACAUCCCGGUUACAAAAAGACCGAUCAACAAGUAUGGAUUUUAUUCGUUAUGGAGUCUGCGUAUUAUACAGAUCUUAACGUUAGCCAUGAAUUAAUUAAUUGGACUGCUACAUAUCGACAUGAUAGUGAUAUCGUUACGCCUUUCCAACGAUGGGCUUAUUACAAUCCGUCAGUGACUCAGGUUGAACAAUUUAAUCGAAAUUACGCACUAAAUAAAACAAAACAAGUGGCGAUGAUUAUUUCAGAUUGCAACAUUGAUAAUGACAGGGAACUAUUGUAUGCUAGAGAGUUGAAUAAAUAUAUAUCUGUAGACGUUAUAUAUAGGUAUAAUGUACUGCCGGUCGUGAUGGGYGCUCGUCGUGAAGACUACAAGCGAUUAGCACCUGACCGAUCGUAUUUGCACGUGGACGACUACGAAUCUCCCAAACUGCUGGCCGAGCACUUGUGGCGGUUAGACGCUGACGACGACUUGUACAAUGAGUACUUCCGGUGGAAAGGUUCCGGCGAGUUUAUCGACACAAAGUUCUUCUGUCGGCUGUGCGCGAUGCUACACGACGAUGGAGCGCCGGCCAAGAGCUACCAGGACUUUGACCACUGGUGGCGUGGCCCGGGUGUGUGUCAUGACCGUGGGCCUGAAAUCCCGACACAAUUGCAGCCGCCUCCGUUAGCGGUUAACGACAGAGAAGAACAAUGACGGAAGCGGAAGUGCCGAAGAYGCCUUUAGACCUGUCCUUAUAUACACGUUACUAUUUUAUAUGAUAAUAAUAUAAGUGUUCUGUAGACUUGUAGUAAGCCAGUAAGCAUAGGCGCAAAUAGGGAAUUUCAAUAGGGGAGCUUCAGUUCUACUAGUCAUAUUCUUAUUUUUUUUAUUUACAAUAGUAUAUUGUGUGGCAAGGGCGGGAAGUGAGCCAUUUCAGUCGCGGGCGUCGUGU